CCAAGCUUGGAGAUUUUGAUGGCGCCGCGUGAGCCGACGCGUCGCGGGCAGGCCGGGCAUUAUUUCAUUUCCCAUUUGGCGUUAACGUCCAUUUCGAUUUGCGACUAGGAAACGGGAAUCAAAAGGGGGCCGAGAUGGAGUCGACGUUGAAGCGCCAGCUCAAGGCGUGGCAGCGUGAAUUCCGGCAGCAGCAUGGACGAGAGCCAAGCCGGAAGGACAUGGACAAGGUGCCCCACGUUGCGGCCAUCUACGACCAGUGGCAUGCGUCGCAGGGCUCGAAGCCCAAGGCCUCGUCCAGCUCGAGCUCGGCAUCCAGGGAAGACUCCAAGAGAGCCGAGCAACCGAGACAGAAGGCAGCAAGAGAAAAGACGAGGCGCCCGCUCGUGGACCCCUCGACGCCAUCAAAGAGGCGACCAGGAGGAGGAGGAGGAGACCCAUUUAAGACGCCGACGAAGCCCGCGAGCGCUUCCAAACACUACUCACCCUCGGUCAACGGCUCAGGAGGGUCCGUUGUCGAUGCCGCACUGACGAACGCCGCAACCCUUGCGAGCCCGUCUGCGAUGACGCCCAGCCGGCGUCCCAAAGUAGCCUCGCCGUGGGGCUCAACAGCAGCCACCUGGUCAUAUUACGGCGAGACGUCCUCAUCUCCAGCCCUAUCUAAAGCCCUGGUAUCACCAUCACCGUCCAGACGGACGGCAGGCCCGACACCGACCGCGGCGGCGACGGUGAUCACGCCGAGCAAAAGCAAGGCGCAGCGCGAGAGAUUGGAUCGGGCCAUCAUGCAGCUCGAGUACACGCCACGGACAAAGGCGAGAAAGAGGCUAAGGGGCGAGGCCGUGCCAAAGACGCCUGCUGCCAGGCGUGUCGCAUCGGGUGCAGCGGGAAGGAGAAGAGGUGCUGGGGGCCUGCUAGUCCUUGACGAGGAAGAGGAAGACGGGGAUGAUAACGAAGUGAGGGACCGACGACCCGAGAAGAGGCAGAAGAGUCAGGGACAGACACGGACCUUGGCGCAGUUCGGAUUCGGUGUUGUGGGAGGGAAGGGAAAGAGGGCGCAAGACGAAGACGACGACGACGAGGAAGCAUGUCUUGGGCCCUCGCCGAACCGGGCGAAUCGAGCAAAGGGCCUCUUUCAGGGUUCAGUGCAAGCAUCUUCGUCGAGCUAUCAACCGCUUUUCGGCCCCGCUUCAUCGAAACGGCAGUGGCUCGACGAGGAGGAGGAGGAGGAGGAGGAGGAGGAGGAAGAAGAAGAGGGAGGAGCAGAGAUGGAGGGCGAAAGGACAGUAGAAGAACAGGAAGAGGGAGCUUUUUCUAGCACUUCUUCAUCAAUAUCGUCGCCGCGUUCCUCGGCCAUGGACACCGCCACCUUGCUGCACAGGCAAAGAGGUUCGCUUUCGUCUCCACCCACCGAGACGACACCAGUUCCAAUGGAGGAUGUGCCGAUGCAUGAUGCCAGUCUUGGCCGUGGCUCAAGAGCCGGACUCGAUCAUGAAGAACAAGGAGCUGCGCGGACCGACGGCGGGAUAGCGCUGAAGCCAUAUAGGCUCUUUGAACGGCCUGUCCGUCCAUCGAACUCCUUUUCCGACGACGACGAAGAGGAGAACGGGGAGGGCUGGCCUGGCCUGUCGCGCCGCCCGACGACCACCAUCACAAUACUGGACAAUCAAGAGGCGGAAGAAGAAGAGGAAGAUAUCAAGAUUGAUGGCUUGACUCUGUCGAGCCCCUCUGCGCAGGGAAAGAGCGCACGGCGAGCUCGACGGAUCAGGGACGAAGAGGUCCUGCGCAGACUGUUGGGCGAUUCCUCGGCCCUCGUGCUCGAGGAGGGCGACGACGGCGAGGAGAAGUGGGACGAGCGGGGGAAGAAUGUGGCAAAGACGACGUCGACGACAUGGGGCGAGGCAAAGGGGAAGAACAACACUGGGCCAAAGAAGGGUGCGAAGAAGGCUGCUGCCAUCGCGGCCGCUGCCGAGAAGCUCAAGGAGGAGGAAGCUCGACGAGAAGAGAAAAAGGAGAAUCUCGUCUUCAAGACGAUGGCUCGAGCAGGCGUCGGCGACGCGGAGGAAGGGGACGAGGAGGUAGAUGCAGGGGCAGACGAGUGGGACUCGGAGGUAGACGAGGCAGAGUACGGAUUGGGGGAUGGGUAUAUGGAUGAAGUCGAUGUGAUCUGACAGUAUACACAUGCAUUGCUAUAAUUACAAUCAUCGCCUGCCUCUGGCUUUGCCCUUGCCUUUUGCUGUCCUCUUCUUGGUGGGAGAGUACGAGGCCGACGAG